UGUCGUGUGUGGCAAAUGGUGGAUUGCGUUACUUUUUCUCGUGCUCCGUGUAAAAUAUUUACGUAAAAUAGUGUUCAUUUUGUGGUGCAGUGUUUCUGACUUACAGAAACAUGUCGGAAACACUGCCGAAUAAUAAGAAACAAGUUCCAAGGCAGCUGCGAGAACGCAAGCAACGUAAGCUCUAUUCCGAUGAGUGGGCUCUUGGAGAUGAUGAAGCGGAAGGCGGUAGAGGUUUCUCUCUCGCUGACAAGCUGGAGAGCCAGAGAUUUGAGCAUUCCGGGGCUGUCUUGGAAAUGCAAGGCACUGAUCUCACCAUAUCAUACCUGCAGAAGAAUGGGUUUACAACACCUCUCCUCUUUAAAGAUAAAGCUGGAUUGGGGUUGAGGUAA